AUGCCGAGUAGGGCUACCCAACAAGGCUCCGUCGAGAAUAUGGAGUCUUUAAAAUCACAUCCUGACCGUGUACCUGCCGACUCUCCUGAACGGCCUGCCCGGACGCGCAAAUUUCAGGAAAUCAAUGAUGCCUAUUAUACCCUUUCAAACGAAUCACGCCGGAGAGAGUACAACGCAACAAGGCCGGUGGAAGCGGAGACUGAGGAUGAAGAACCCCUAGGUGGCACCGGGGGAUUCUCAUGGUCUUCAUUCGGGUUUGGCACGAGCGACCGUGAACAAUGCGCCUCUGAACAAUUCGGUUCGGUGUUUGAAGAGAUGCUACGCGAGGAGGGCCUUGCUAGUGAUGAUACUGACGCUGACGUCCAUCGGCGGACCAGGCCUACAUCUCGCUUCUGGUCUAUUGUUGGUGGAAUAAGUGGUGGUGCACUUGGGUUCAUUGUCGCCAAUGCUGCCGGUGCUUUCGCUGGUGCAGUUGCAGGAAAUCGGCUCGGCGCUGUUCGUGAUGCGAAGGGCAAAAGCGUUUACGAGGUCUUCCUAGAUCUUCCACAGGGUGACCGUGCCAGGUUAUUAAGCGAAUUAGCGGCCAAAGUUUUUCAGUCCACAGUGGGACGAUAA